AUGAGCGCCGAGCCUGUGGGUUUUGAUCCGUCGAUCGCCAGCCGUGGACGAUCGCAGUCGCCGGGUCUCGCAGUGCCUGUGGACCUGGGGCCGGAGUCGCACGUGUCGUCGUAUUCCAUGCAUGCGGCGACGGACAAACCGGAAGGCAGUGACCUUGCUUUUCAGAGCGGCCAUCCGCCCGCGUACUCGAACGGGGCGGAGGGCAAGAAGGAUGCAGGCGACCACAACGCGUCGAUGGAUCCGAACCUGACGGGUCCCCGCCGUUCGGAGGGAGCGCAGUCUGGAUACCCGAACGUUCGGCAGGAGCAGCCGGCCUACCGCUUGGACUUGCUUCAGACCGAUCCGAACCUGGACUCGAACGCGUCGCUGCCAGGCGACGGCGCGGAAGCUGACCACGUCUCGCGUGCCUUUCCCUUCCUCUCGAACACGAUGGCGGCGCAGGAGGGCGAUGCGCGCGCGUCCAUUUUCCCAUCCAACUUUUCCGGCGUUGGCGCGGCGCCUGCGACAAGCGCCUACAAAAAGAGUGAUGCAGAUGCGCUUACCGGCUCCGCUGGCGGGGCAGAUGCAGCAAAUGCAGCGAGUCUGCAUGGUAAGGCGCCGCGCGGAUCGUCGUACGAUUCCCUCUCGUCGGAAAAGAAAGAGACACCCUACAGCCGCAGCCCCAGCCUGCGUGUUACCCAUAAGAUUGCCGAGCGCAAGCGUCGCAAGGAGAUGAAGGACCUGUUCGACGAGCUGAAGGACUAUGUCCCGGUCGACCGCGGUCCCAAGACCAGCAAGGGCGACAUCCUGACUAAGGCCGUGCUGCAGUUCCAGACAUUGCACCGCGAGCGCGAGCAGCUCAUCGAGGCCCUGGAGGCCGCACACCAGGAGCUGAACCACCUGCGCCAGGUCGCCGGCAGCUCGGACCAUGCGGGCGCCGCCGCUGCCGGCCUGCCGCAGCACGUGUACUCGCACUCGAGCGCACCGCCCGCGUCGUACCUGCCGCGGGGCGCGGCCGAUGCGCGCAUCCACGAGCACCUGCCUCUCGGUCGCAACGACAAGGGCGAGGCAGCCGCUCCGUCGGCGAGCGGCGUCGGCAUCGGCGGCGGCGCACCGCGCUCGAACGAGUUCCUCUCGGACCUGCGUCUGGACCGCCUACGCCAGCCAGAUGACAACGUACACCCAAACUUUAAGCAGCUCGAGCACGGCGCGAGCGUGUUGGACCAGUCGCUCGGCGGCACGCGCUCGUUCCACCCCGAGCCGUACCAGGCUGGCCUCGUCUCGGGGCUGCCGUCGGGGCAAGAUGCGUCCGCGAUGGACUCGGACGCAGGCUCCCAUGUAGGCCGGGCCUCGCGCGACCAGGCCUUUGGUACCACCCGGUUCAUGCCGCGCGAGAGUGACGUGAUCCCGGACGGCGCGUCGAGCAACGCGCCGGCCAUGUAG